UCUAAGGAAGGGAAAGAAAGAGAGUGGAGGAGUUUUGGGUAGGAAAAAUAUGGAGGUGGAGCGAGUCCAAGCUAUUGCUUUAUCGUCUCUAACUAAAGACAGUAUUCCAACAGAGUUUAUUCGGCCAGAGGAGGAACAACCUGCAAUCACAACAUUUCAAGGUCCGGUCCCUGAAAUCCCUGUCAUCGAUCUCGAUGACCAUAAUCAGGAAAAAGUUAUCCGUUUGACCGCCAAUGCUAGCAGGGAUUGGGGGAUAUUCCAGGUUGUAAACCAUGGCAUACCCUUUGAUCUCAUUGAAAAGUUACAACAAGUUGGCAAGGAGUUUUUUGAUCUGCCACAGGAAGAGAAAGAACUGUAUGCUAAGCCAAGUGGUGCACAGACAAUUGAAGGUUAUGGAAGCAAGCUUGGAAAAGAUCUUCAAGGAAAGAAGAAUUGGGCUGAUUACCUUUUCCACAGGAUAUGGCCUCCUUCACGCAUCAACUACCAGUUCUGGCCCCAGAACCCCCCCUCUUACAGAGCGGUGAACGAGGAGUAUGCAGAGUACAUGAGAAGGGUAGUGGACAAGCUGUUCAAAUGCCUGUCACUAGGGCUAGGGCUUGCACCCCAUGCCAUUAAAGAAGGAGCAGGAGGUGAGGAGAUGGAGUAUUUGAUGAAGAUAAACUACUAUCCGACAUGUCCUCGUCCCGAUCUAACUCUGGGAGUCGCUCCUCACACUGAUCUUUCUGCCAUAACCGUUCUUGUGCCCAACGACGUCCCUGGGUUGCAAGUCUUCAAGGAUGGCCUCUGGAUCGAUGCCAAAUACAUCCCUGGCGCCCUCAUUAUUCACAUUGGCGACCAGAUUGAGAUACUAAGCAAUGGAAAGUACAAGGCAGUCCUGCACAGGACGACGGUGGACAAGGACAAAGCGAGGAUGUCAUGGCCGGUAUUCUUGGAACCGCCAGCGGAAUUUGUAGUUGGGCCGCUUCCUCAGCUUGUCGAUGAACAAAAUCCUCCCAAAUAUAAGGCCAAGAAAUUCAAGGACUAUAGUUAUUGUAAACUGAACAAGCUGCCCCAGUAAUAAUCAGCCUCUUUUACUACCCAUGAAGUGUAUUUCCCUACAUAACCACUGGCUAAAACCAGUAAUAAAUAAAUUUGUAUGAGUUUGUAUGCCACUACAACUCCUGCAAUUUGGUUAUGUUCCUGCAGGAGGAAUAUUUUCUUAGGGAAAUAAAAAUUUGAACUUCAAUAUA